UUAUCUGUGUCUUGUAAAGCUUGUCAGUGACAUCGGCGUUGCAGAUUUUUCAACUUUCGAUUUUUCUUGAAAUGGCGAUAAGAUUUCCAUCUCUGCUCCCCGGUGCAGUUGAUCCGCUGUGGUUUACAGUUGAUAGACCAUGUGACGAUGAAAACGAAUUGUCUGAACUGGAAGAGGAACACAAUCUCUGGCUGGAGAGUAUAGCAAAGAAAGACAGCAACAUCAUACCCAUCGGGAAAACUGCAGUCGAGAGUCUUGAAGACGAGGAGGAAGAUGAAGAAGAUGAUGAAGGUGAUGAUGAUGACGAAAGUGACACAAAUGAUGAUGACCUUGACAUAGACAUGCUUGAUGAAAGGGAUUCAGGAGAUGAUGCAGGGUAAUGUCAUCUACCACUACAUAGAGAUCAGUUUUCUGCCAUGCAGAGGAAUAAAUAAAUCAGUUCAAGUUAUACUGCUUCCAGAAUAUUGCUAGUUGGAUAUACAUUUAAGGAAAUGAUAUUGUCACUUCGUGUUUGCCAUCAAGAAGUGAGGACAGCAUUACAUAUUGUUACCUGAAGCUGCAGUGCAUGGAUGUGUAAAUUUCACCUCUGCUGAUACCCCUGUAGUUUCAAUUGUGGUACGUAAUGUACAUGUAUACCUUUACAUGUGCCGGGACCUUUCUCUACAGGCGGAUUGAAGAAAUCGACUAGAUAAGCCAGUGUGCUGAUUGAGCUAAAGACAAGGAAACUAGUCUUUUGGGAGGACAUCAAAUCAUGCCAGAUACAAUAGGAAGUCUUUUAGUGGUUGAGGUGUUAGUAAAGAAGAGUUUCACUGUAGUAUUAAAACUGUCUAAUCAGACAAUCUUAAGCUGUUUAUUCCUUCACAGUAGUUAAGAUAGGUUUCAAGGUACAACUAUAUAAUGGAUUCUGUUACGCUGAUAAUUUGAUGUCGGAUCAUUUGGGUGGUCUGUUGGAGCAGUGAAUAGUGCACUUGCCUUUCACCGAAACGCCCGGGGUUUGACUCCCCGAUUGAACAUGAAAAGGUGUUCGGUCACCUGGUUUUUCCCAGGUACACAGGUUUCCUCCCACAUUAAAACCUCGGCUAACUUCCAUCCAGGCCAAUAAGAGUGAUUAAUAUAAGCUGUGAAUCUCUUUUUAGCUUUACCAUUUGAAAUGUUUCUUUGACCACUCAAUGAUAACAUCUUUGAGAAUUUCUGUUAACUCAUUCACCCCUGAAGACACAUUUGAACUCUUCCGAUUCAAAGGUUGGCAUAGUUCAUUAUGAAAUUUCAGGGGUGAACGACUUAAUAAGCAAAUUAAACAUUUACUGGACUACAGUACAUUCCAAAUUUUACAGAGAGAUUGUGUAUGUAUGGUUUAUGGAGUUAAAAGAGUGUGAAUUUGUAUGCAUUGGAUAUGUUGCAUAGUAUUUCUUGUUCAGAGAGUGUGAUUGUGUGUGUACCAUAAGGCUGUUGCACAGAUUCCAACCCCAUGGUCCAUGAACAUGUACUGUAUACCGUAAUAAAUAUUAAAUUUGCCCUUCACAUUUAAUUACAAUGUGCCUCUGACAUUACGGAGGGUGAAAAAGGCAAAAUUAAACUGCAGCCAAAAUUUCGUGAUACACAUAUACUGUACAUAACACAUGUACAAAUAUUAAUGUUCAUAUCCAAACCAUUGGAAGAGAAUUGAUGUCAUAUCCCUAGGGUAUGUACGGUAUCUGAAGUUCACACAAAAAUGAUGCUGUAUGAACAAUAUGAAGUAUAUAAACUGAAAUAAAUAUUUUUAACAUA